CUCCGCCCCAGCGGGCUUUUAAGCUUUAUAAGUUCCUCUUUCCCACCUCCGAUACUUAGUUUCACCAGUUGAACUUGGGACCCACUGCUGCCCUCAGCUCCGAGUUGGGGGCGAGAGUGAGUGCAGGAGGCGGAUCCUGGGCGCGUGAGGGCGACAGUCGGAGUGCGGGGCAUGAACCUGGAGGGCAGCGGCCGAGGAGGAGAGUUCGGCAUGAGCUCGGUGAGCUGCGGCAAUGGGAAACUCCGCCAGUGGCUGAUCGACCAGAUCGACAGCGGCAAGUACCCAGGACUGGUGUGGGAGAACGAGGAGAAGAGCAUCUUCCGCAUCCCCUGGAAGCACGCGGGCAAGCAAGACUACAACCGCGAGGAGGACGCCGCCCUCUUCAAGGCUUGGGCACUAUUUAAAGGAAAGUUUCGAGAAGGCAUAGAUAAGCCAGACCCUCCUACCUGGAAGACACGUUUGCGGUGUGCUUUGAACAAGAGCAAUGACUUUGAGGAACUUGUGGAGAGGAGCCAGCUGGACAUCUCAGACCCCUACAAAGUAUACAGGAUUGUUCCUGAGGGUGCAAAAAAAGGAGCAAAGCAGCUCACCCUGGAGGACCCACAGAUGACCAUGAGCCACCCCUACACCAUGACGACUCCUUAUACCUCACUCCCAGCUCAGCAGGUUCAUAACUACAUGAUGCCACCCCAUGACCGAAGCUGGAGAGAAUAUGUCCCUGAUCAGCCCCACCCAGAAAUCCCGUAUCAAUGUCCUGUGACGUUUGGAUCCCGCAGCCACCACUGGCAAGGCCCGGCUUGUGAAAAUGGUUGCCAGGUGACAGGAACCUUUUAUGCUUGUGCCCCGCCUGAGUCCCAGGCCCCUGGAAUCCCCAUAGAGCCAAGCAUAAGGUCUGCUGAAGCCUUGGCGCUCUCAGACUGUCGACUCCACAUUUGUUUGUACUACCGGGAGAUCCUGGUGAAAGAGCUGACCACAUCUAGCCCAGAAGGCUGUCGGAUCUCCCAUGGGCAUACCUACGAUGCCAGUAACCUGGACCAGGUCCUUUUCCCCUACCCAGAAGACAAUGGCCAGAGGAAAAACAUCGAGAAACUUCUGAGCCACCUGGAAAGGGGUGUGGUCCUCUGGAUGGCCCCCGACGGUCUGUAUGCCAAAAGACUGUGCCAGAGCAGGAUCUACUGGGAUGGGCCUCUGGCACUCUGCAGUGACCGACCCAAUAAACUGGAGAGGGACCAGACUUGCAAGCUCUUUGACACACAGCAGUUUUUAGCAGAGUUGCAAGCUUUCGCUCACCAUGGCCGUCCCCUGCCAAGAUUCCAGGUAACUCUGUGCUUCGGAGAAGAGUUUCCAGAUCCUCAGAGGCAAAGGAAGCUCAUCACUGCUCACGUCGAACCUCUACUAGCCAGACAACUAUAUUAUUUUGCUCAGCAAAACAGUGGACAUUUCCUGAGGGGCUAUGAUUUACCUGAACACAUAAACAGUCCAGAGGAUUAUCACAGAUCUAUUCGCCACUCAUCCAUUCAAGAAUGAAAAUGUCAAGACAAGUGAUUUUGUUUCAUUGUAAAUAUCUGACUUUGACAGGAAAAGCUGAUUGAAAUCCCUCUUUUUCUUUUGAGAAACUUCGAAAUUGGGGCUUCAAUUCAGCACUUGAGGAGAACCUCAGCAAGAAUGGGUGUAAAAAGGCUUGCUCCAUCUAAUUGUCAGAUGAGCUUAUGCAAAAAGGAAGAACGGUUUUCGGGGUCUUCCAUAGACUGCCAUCUUUGAUGAUUACUGUGAAAAUUGACCAAAGGGUGUGUUUACAUUUACUUAAAUGCUAUCUUUAAUUUGAUGUGGAUUAUUUUUCGCUUGAAAACUGAGAAAACUUGUGUUUCAGUAUUGACCACUAACUAGGAUAAAAGCACGUAAGUGUUGUACUAUUUCUCAGGGAAAUAAAUCUAAAUUUGAAGUGACUCUGCCCACAAAAGAAAUGUAUUAAUGCAUAUAGAAGAUAUUGCUCUUGUAGAAAAUGCUUGCUGUUAGAAAGAGAAUCUUUGACUGAGGUUGCCUCAGUCAGUGCCUCCAGCUUUGGGGUGGCUAAUCAUCCCCCUCUGGCCUGGGUCUCACCCCAGCAUGGACUUCCCUGCCCUGUCUCUCACUGCCCUCCAUUUGCUGUCUCUCCUUGGGUGCCCCUGGGAGCCAGUUGUAUUUUCUGGAACCAAAAAGCAUUAGGGCUACCCUUGAUUAGUGUAUUUUUGUCAGUUCUACAAUCUUGUAAUGACUGCUUAAGAUAUUUUUUGUUUUUCUUUUUGUUUCUCAUUCUGUAGAAAUUAUUGCUAAAGCUUUUUUCUCAAAAAAGAAAAAAAAAGAUCAAAACAAUCCAAGUACUAAAGAUAUAUUUUUGAAACUCGGUGACAUUUCCCCUCUUACCCUGUUUGUUUUGUUUGGCUAUCAGUUAGUUAUCCAUGACAACACUAAAGAGGAGGAGCCGAUGCUUUUCAAUUUGGUGAACUCUGUUAGGAAAGAUGAUGACAGGAUUUCACUGAUUGCAUAACUGCAGACUCAGUGCGCUGUUUUUGCUUAUUUUGCAUAUUAUAUGCUUCCUCAUGCCAAUAUGGUUUGACAGGACCUUAAAAUUACUGGGCUUUUUCCAAAUACAUCUUUUUAUAGAAUCACUAAGAUCUCCACAUGCUUAAGUAAACCCGAUCACUUCCUUGUUGAUUGUUUUGGAAAAGUACAGAUGUUGAGACUGAUGCUGGCAACUGAUAUUUUUAUCAUACUACAAAAAACUGCCAUUAGUUUCAGGCACAGCAAAAGACUUAGCAGUUCUCAAAUACCUGCCACUCUUCUUCUAAUCUAUAUUUUAAAAUUCAUUCAACAAACAGUAUCCCUUGCAUUAGACAGAUUAUAUUUAGCCUUUAUCCAGUUAUGUAAGCAAUUAAGCAUGGAAAUGUCAUUUUUUUAACUUUUAAAAGGAGGGUUUUUUUUCCCAAAGAUUUUAUUUAUUUACUUGAGAGAGAGAGAGCGCACGCGCAAAUGAGAGAGAGAGAGCAUGAG